AAAUUCACAGUUCCGGCAAAGCCUGUGCCAGCUCGGAAAGACAACAAACUUGCACAUGUGAUUAUCAAUGAAGAUAGAGACAAGAAGUUUGCUAAAAAUCAGGUAAUGUGGUGAUCCAUUGUGUUAGAACAAUGAUGCAUUGUUCUUAAGACAAUGGUUAUAUUGUCUUUAUAUUGUCUGAGAACAAUGCCUUAUAUAUUGUCUGAGAAUAAUGCUUUAUUGUCUGAGAACAAUGGCUUCAUUGUUUCAGAACAAUGACUCUAUUGGCUGUUCAAUAUUUUACUAUCAAUGUGUUUUUCAUUUUAGGUUAGCCAAUUGCCGUUCCCAUUCACAUCACGUGAUCAAUGGGAGCGAAGUGUGCGCGUUCCUCUAGGAAAGGACUGGAACACCACCUCAGUUCACCAAAAGCUGAUCAAACCGCGUAUUGUGACCUUGCCUGGGACAAUUAUCGAACCUAUCAAACCAGCUAAAGGAGUACAGCGAUCAGCUGUUGUUGAGGACAGCCGUAAACAACGUCACGGUAGAAAGAAAGGCACCAAAACAAUGGGGUCUGGUAUUGAAAUACACGACUAAUGAUGUCAUGCAUAUCCUUGAAUAUGAUUGGAUGUUAAUGAAAAUUUUAUAGAUCUCAGCAAUUAAAGUGUAUUACUGUCGUUUGCUUGAAACAUUUUCUAUUCUCUUGUUUGUAACAAGCAUAUGAAGGUUUCAGAGGUUGGCUGAUAUUUUGAUUUGGGACUUUUCAUCGUUCGCUGGCAACGACGGUACAUGACUAAAACACUGAUCUUUAUACGUUUUUUCUUCACUAGAGUGUUGACCAUCAUUUUCAAGCUCGUUCCCAGUCUUGUAAUGUCCCCCUCGCAAAUAUUGCGCAACAAUUCAACAUGCAUAUUUAAAAUUUUUGUUUUUACUGAAUGAACUUGUACCGCGCGUGGCUUUUGUUUGAAAAUACAUCGUUCUAUAAAAGAAUAGAAAGUUAUUUGUAGCUGCUACAAUUUUUAAAACUGUGCUCUGUAAGGUAUAAUUUUUUGAGAGCUGUCUGUCGUAUGUCUAUUAAUUUUGCCGGCGGGUUUGAGGGCAUGUGAGUGAUUGGACUUUCGGACUGCGGAGGAAUCGUGUGUUGUGUUCUGGUAUUACCUGUAAUUUCCAUUAAAAGUUCAAGCUUUGGUAUGUAUUUGCUAUUUUUUAUGUAUUUUUUAUUAGAGCAGAGUGUAAAAAAUAAUUAUUUCUGCUUUGAGAAAAUUUCUAAUAACGUGUUGCAAAUAUGUAUAAAUAAUAAAUUUUCUUCUGUCUGUCCCACAUCUAGCUCUUGACAAGCACUCAUUUGCUUUAUUUGUUUGAGUCAGCAGUGCUGCAACAAAUGAUAGCUGACUUGAUAUGUUCUCUUAUAAUUUCUGAUACUGUAACUGCCAGUUGCCAGUUGGUUGACCAGGAGUUGCACCAUGGCUGUCACCUGGUUUCCAUUUGGUUGUGACAUUUGUUAACAUAAGUUCUCUGUAGGUUUGCAUGGCAAUAUAAAAGAUAUAAUACUACCAUUUGCAAACAACUGCAACACCCAAACUUUUUUCACGUUUGAUUUUGCAGUUGCUUGCAAAUGGUAGUAUUAAUUGUUAACAUGUCAAGGUCAUCAUAAGUCGGUUUUCCACUAAUUGGAAUUUUGCACACACAGUAGAAUUUUGCACACACAGUGGAAUUUUUCCACCCGAGAAAUCACAAGAUAAAUGCCCCGUGCAUUUUUUCUCCACAUGCAAAAUUCUGCAUUGUGGAAAACCGGCUGGCCGCCUCGAUUCCAAGUUAUUGUUUUGUGUGCACAGACAGGCAAAUUGGGUUGUUCUAGAAAAGAUGCACACUUCAAUCUGUAUUAGAAGCUAACAAUUUAAACUUCACAAUUGAGGAAAGUAUGCAUACAAUACAUGGUGACAAUGUUGUUUAUUUUCAGUUUUCUAGCAGAGAGAUUCAGGGUUAUGUCUUCAUUAAAAAGUUUCAAAAGAUCCUGGCUUGUUUGGAUCUGGCUUGUCACAGUGUUUUUUCUAAGUGGUCUCAUUGUGAAUUCCAUUCAAAUACUUCUACUGCCGUUAUGGUAUAUUUCACACAAUGUUUUCAGACGUGUCAAUGCUGUGUUGUGUUACUCACACUGGGCAAGUACGUAAAAGAUUCUAUAUUGUUAAUUUGCAUUGUUGGGCGCUGACAUUCACAGCACAGUGGUACAACUCGGUUGCAUUUUCCUCCUGUGUUAGCAGAUGACAAUUGCUGCUCCUCUCAGGAUAGCGGUUCAGAACUGUUGGAGCCAUCCAGUCCUGUAUACAGUAGUAACUCCUCUGGAUGAGUGAGGGACAAUUCCCUUAUUCAAAUUCCUAUAGGAGAUCCUAUAGGAAUUUUACUAAAUAGACUAUUCCCAUAGGAAUUUCUUUAACUUCCUUCCAACUUUAGUUUACUUGGUAUAAGCGCUUUUUAGUCAUCUGCUAACUGGGUCCUCAUCUUAUUCUUAGUGUUGACAUUUGUUGGUGAAUGGUGGGGACAACUUGACAUAAAGUUUUAUGGCAAGAAGGAAGAUUAUGAACUGAUCGGCAAGGAACAUGCCUUGGCUUUACCAAACCAUCGUAGUGAUAUUGAUUGGAUGGUAGGAUGGAUCCUUUGUGAGAGAACUGGAAUACUUGGGGUAAUUAAAUAUAUUAUAAUUAUUUGUGGUGAUGCAUGAUAUAUGAUAACAAAACUGAACAAAACUAAGUAACUUCAUUAAUGAAAAUUGUUCUAGUUUUAGUGUGUGUGGAAAACUAUUUAAUUAAUUUACAUUCGGCAAUGCCGACCUAUCAACGUCCCAGGUCGGCAAAUUUUUGCGGACCUUAAUUCAGCCAAAGUAAGAAUUUUUUGGUGCUGAUUGCUGUUAAAAAGUCAGCAAUUAUAGAAUUCGAUUCGUAGUUCGAUUAACUAAACACACUUUAGUGUAAGGUUUAAAAAUUGACAGGUGUUCUAUAUAUAAUUUAGGUCAGACUCCAAAAGAAAAGCCGUCAUGUUACUGUAGUUCGCGUUUCCACGGAAAAAGGCAUGCUUUUUUUCUGAUUUCAAUGAUUCGCAAAUACGUGAUUAUACUAGUGCUCCAAGACAUGCAUGGAAACAGAUUUUAAAAAAUGCCGAGAUGUUGCCGACCUAGGUCAGAUUUAGGUUGGCAUUUUUUUGCCGACCUCAAUUUUGACUGUUUUCGAGGGCUGUAUUUUUUGACAUGUUUUAUAAUAAUCUGAAUGCCACAGAUUUGGUAUAUUUUAUGUCCUAGGGACCAUUCAUUAUUAAUACAGGAGAGGGGAGGGGGGGGGGCUUGUAAGAAUCUGGAAAAAGCAAUAUAGUAAAGUAUACAUUCCCCUUCGGUCAGACAAAGGAAAACAUAAAAUCCCCCCUCUACUACGGUUUGAAAUAUUUACAUCCCCCCUCUUUCUUUUCUUUACCACAAAUUAAUAUUUUAUAUGUUUUCCAUAUAAAAAGGCUGAUGAAUAUAAGAUAUGAAUUGAAUAUUCUUUGGCAUGUAUUGGUCAUACUGUAUAUUAAAAGAAUAAUUACGAUCUCAACUCUUAUAUACUACUCAUAGAUUAUGUCCAGUGGCAUAGCCAUGCAGUCCAAUGAUUCAACCCCGCUAUGCAAAUAUUGUCGUGUUUAUAAAAUAUCAACACAAUUAAUUUGUAAAGAAAUCAAUAAUGAUUUGAAAUUUGCAUAGCGGGACUAAAUCUUCGGGCUGGCUAUGCCACUGAUUAUGUCUUUGUAAUUUAAAAAGUGGUCAUUACACUGAUAGCACUAUUUAACCAGGAGCAAUGUGUCUUGGUGCAUCCUACUUUGUUUAUUUUACUCUGUCUAUAAUCAACCCCCAGGUGAUUUUACUUGCUAGGGGGUAGCCUGCGAACAGGCUCUCAAGCUGAAUUGAGAGCCUGCAUCGAUGACUAAUGAAUUUGAAUAUCUGCGUCUUAAAUCGUGACGCGAAAUUCUCAUUGGUCAGAUGCUAUAAUUUAUAUGUUUCCACUGAGCUCUAUAUAUGUCAACUGCUGAAGCACUAUGCAUAAAAAACACAUUAACUGCUCAAAUUGGUCUUGGCCAUCUUAUCUCAAAGCACGAAAUGUUCUGUUUUGAGAAAACAGUAUUUAAAACAUUUGAACUUUUGCUUGAAUAUCUUAUAUUUUGAAAAACAGUAUAAACUGUACGGUCUAAAUUUAGUUUGCACGGUCUAAAUUUAGUUUGCACGAAAGUUGUAAACAACACCAUAUAAGGAUAGACAUUCCAUAUUUGGAAAAACGAACGUUACGGGGCAGAUAUUCAAAUUCAUUAGUCAUCGAUGCAGGCUCUCAAUUCAGCUUGAGAGCCUGUUUGCAGGCUAGCUAGGGGGAGAACAUUGCACCUCAUGGGUAAAUGAAAACUAUUAUAUUACAGCUGUUUUUCAUAUGUCACAUGAUAUCAAAUAAUUGAGUAAAAUAUAUGCACCCCCCCUCUCCAUCAUUAAAGAAUUCUUACAUCCCCCCUAAAAUAUUUGCUCAAAAAUAUCUGAUCCCCCCCCCCCCUGGAAAGGAUCACAAAGUUAGCCCCAGUUUCUCAUCAGUUUUGAAAGAAUUACAAAAUUGUCCUCAUGGAAAAUGGGGCUCCAGACCUCACCAUGCCCCCCCCCCCCCGUGGCUACGCUUUGCCAGAACAUUGGGAAGGUGGGUGAACAUAAACUAACCACUGUACUACAAAUGUAUAAUCCUGUUUAUUCAUUGAGCUGUGCAUACACAUGCAACCACUGGUUAAAUUUUAAAUAUUUAAUCUCCCAGGGUACCAAAUGCUACAUGAAAGGCUUCCUCAAAUUCUUACCUGUGAUUGGCUGGAUGUGGUGGUUUGCGGAGUAUGUAUUUUUAAAAAGAAACUGGGACUCUGAUGUUCCUGUCUUGAAGAAGAGUUUGGAACAGUUGAAUGACUUUCCUAUACCAUUUUUUGUGAGUAUUUGUUUUGGGGAAUAGUGGAACCCACUUUGUGAUGAGUGAGCAUUGUAAGUCCUAUUAAUUAAAAACUAUUAUGUCUUGUUUUUAGCUUGGUAUAUUCCCAGAAGGUACUCGUUUCACAGAAGCCAAACAUCUGAACAGUUUGGAAUUUACAAGGUCAAGAGGAUUGCCUGAAUUGCAACAUCAUCUUUUUCCAAGAACUAAAGGUGUUGCAAUUACUCUAAAAUAUCUUAAAGACGUAGGUAAGUUUCCGUGAAAUGAUUUGUGUAGUUUGGAUGUAAUCACAACAUGUAAAACUUGUUUUCUACUUGCCUUCAUUUUUCUGAGAAAAAUACCUCUAUCACUGCGACAUUAGCCACGCAUGCACAGACGACCACACUUCGGUUGCUUCCCUUGAAACUUUUUGGCAAAACCCAUAACCAGUCGGCCGUGUAAGAAACUAAGUAAGGCCAGGAUCAAAGGUCGAACUUUUCAUGUGCCGAACCUAAUGUUAAUGAGCUAAGUUCUUUGUUUCACUUCAUUUGCAUUAGGUUCGGCACAUGAAAAGUUCGACGUUUGACCGUGGCCUAAGGGAUAAAACAUAAACCGAAUAUCGUCAUUCAUCUCACUCGUUAUACACUACAUUAUAAGAAAGGUCUAUUGACAGCUCCGGAUCUGUUCUGCAGCCACACAACUAUUCAGUAAUUUUUGUCCAUUUUAUUAAUUAACUUGCAAAAGAAGAGUUACAUUCUACAUGACAUUUACAAAUGAGACUGUUAUAAUGUGAACUCUGGAAACGUUCAGCUAAAGCCUGGUUCACAUAUAUGCCUGCGACGUACCGGCGACGAUGCCGGUGGUAGCUUAAAACGUAAAUUAUGUGAAUAUUUGUUCGCCGAUUGCCUCCAGUGCCACAGUUACAUCGGCGGUAGGCCGAUUGUUGACUUGAGUUCAACUUUCCCGGUAUUUCGGCGGCAAGUUGAGGCAUAAUGAUACAGUCGCAGGCAUGCCGCAGGUAUAUGUGAACCAGGCUUAACUAGUAUAUGGCUAUCAGUACUCUAUGUGCGGUAACUCAAGAGAUAUUAGUGCUGUCAUUAAACGCGGUAACCAACAAUCUGAAGUGACGCGUGGAAGCCGCUUCCUUGGGCAUAAGCAGUAAUUUCUCUUCCCUUGCUUCCAGUGCCAGGUGCCCCAGGCUCCACAGGGAGGGAAAUAUUCUCUGAAUUGUAGGCCCACGCUUCUUGCUGGUAAACGUGGCAGAAUAACCUCCUUUCGAUUUUCCCAUUUGGGACGGUAACAGAUAGAACCAGUUCACCAUCUUCAUCUUUGCCUGGAACGUAUCCAGAGCGAAUCUUGGCAUAGACAAUAACUUCAGAGGCAUGGCUCGGCACACCCUCCUUUUCUACAUCUAUCUUCAAAUCCUCGCCAGGUUUAACAUUGGACACUUUGCCGCCAAAUGGAUAGAGUCCCGGCAUCUGAAAGAAGAAAAAAAUAUAUAUACAGUACCCUGAGACUACCCUUGACGGCUUGACCUCAAGUGUUUAGUUGGGGAUCUUUGCGAGCCUGUCAUGUCGUAUUGAAAGACGUAUUCUGUAAGCUUAGCAUAACAAACUUGCUGAAACAGAGCAAAUGCACAAGUUGCAGAAUUCUAUAUAAAUACACUGAAAACAUACCUUCGCUACUUCUUAUGUGUCUUUCUACUGGUACUGCCACUUUGCCUUGUCCCGAUUUAACUUGAAACGCACAAUGAACUCCCUCUUUUUAUAAGCAACCGCCUCAUGCAUUAUUCUAGAGGGAGCAUUCCGGCUGUUUCCCAUCCAUUUUAAUUGACGCCUUGGGCAUUCUUCCAUUUACGUUUUUUGAGACAAUAAGAUUGUUUGCAGGAAGAACUCCUACAAGAAAUGCUUUCAAUCUUCGUAAAACUUAUAUCAAAGAACGAACUAUGUUACGUAAAAAACAAAUUCCGAAAUGAUCUUGAGAAUACAAAUAUAUGAUUCAAAACUCCAAUUACAAUCUCUAAUCAAUCCUGUCAAUCAAUCUAUCCUACUGUUCUAGCUAUGGGAACUUUUUCGACCUCACCAAACUUCCCCCAUGUAUACAUUCCGUUCCACCACGUUCGUACAUUCCAUCAAGUUCGUCUUUCCUGUCUUUCAAAUGUUCAAGUUUACUGACGUUCUAUUGUAACGUUAUUGACUCUGUCAGACGAUGGUCGAGGGGAGAGUGCUGGUAUUCGAUUGCUUAUUCAGCGCUUGAGUAAGCUACAUUAGGGCGGAAUUUUCCGCGCGGAGCGGAAUUUUUGUUUGUGUUGUGAUUUCUCGGGUAGAACUAAUUAGAAAAGACAAAGAGAAAUUCCUCUCUGCGUGCAAAAUUCCGCCGAGUGGAAAACCAGCUUAGGUUGCACCAAAUCUGCGACGAGGACGCGAUUAAAAAACAGUCGCUAAUAAUGGGAGACUAGUUUUACUUUGUUUUUCUCGUGUCCCUGGCUUUGUUUACCAACAACAAUCCACAGAUUUUGUUUUUCGUCGAUUUGUGUAUCUUAAGCUCCCUAUUAUGCAAUUUUGCAUACACGGGCUUGAACAUAUUUUCGGCAACUAUGUUGAACUUGCAAUUAGAACACUCGUGAUUUACCUCAAAGACUUCCGAAACAUAAUAUUUGCCAUCUCAAAUGAUCAAACAACAAAACCAUGUUUGCAUUUUUUGACAGGUAUUGUCAAAGAUUUGCUUUGAUAUAAAGCAGACAAGUUGACUCAUCUGAAGCCCGGUCUUGAUAUGGUCGUAACGGUCGUAAAGAUUCUGAUUGAGUCACGAUCUUUGUCAUCAGCCGAAAUACAUUUUAGAACUGAAAAUACGCGGAGUGAUUAUAACUAGAGAAUAGGUAUGAUUUAUAUGUGGUUUACAGGUAUAAACUGUUAUAAACUGGCCGUUGAGAAAGAUCGUGACUCUAUGAUUACCACCAUAUGGAAACCAGGCUUAAAUUUGAAAUAAAGCAGACAAGCUGACCACAGAACUUCCCCCACGUGCCUACAUUUACGCAGGCUAACCACGUUCGUUCAGAAGUGAACAGAACAGUCAAAUUGUUGAAUGGGACACAAAACGUUUAGGCUUCGGACCUUUCUGACCGGAAAUGUCCAUUUUCGCUAGAUAUUUGAGAAACAGCCCAGAUCUUCCCAUUGAUACAGAGACAAAAAUUGACAACCGCACAGGUCAUUAAAUGGAAAACGCCCUUAACAUUGAUUGAUGCAGCGUCUUUAUAUAGGUUUCCUUUGACCUUACACUUGUACAUGUUUACAACUUUACGUUAGUUUAAAUUGCUAAGAAACUGAUUUUCUACAGUUCCAGCCGUGUAUGAUAUCGAGUCUGCGUAUCCACAAGACAGUAAUCCAACGAUGAAACAUUUGUUAGGAGGUGGCGAAUGUGAGGUUCAUCUUUUUGUAAGGUAUGAACCAUCUAUUUGAUAUAUGCACAUGUGUUUUCUUUUACAUUCGUUUUCAGUUAUUCAUUCUUUGGACAUUAUUUGACAGGCGUAUCCCAAUUGAAAACAUUCCCUGCGGUUCAGAUGAAGAAGUGUCGCAAUGGUGCCGUCAGUUAUUUGUUGAAAAGGUACACCACUGGGUACACAAACUAGACAUCGCAGUUCAAUAGGGUGCCUGUGCAAAACAAAUGCACCACAACUCCACAAGCGCGAAAACACACUGUUGUUGGAUAAAUACCAAGGCUUAUGAUUGCGAACAAGCUAACAGAGUAAACAGACUAACAGAGUAAACAGACUAACAGAGUAAAGUCGGUAAAUAGACUGACAAACUCGCGCACCGAAUACGAAAACGAUGGCCGAUGCCUAAAGCCGGUUUUCCUCUAGCCGGAAUUUUCCGCGCCGUGUGGAAUUUUUCUUUGUCUUUUCUAAUGAAUCGUCAAAGAAAAAUUCCGCUCCGCGCGCAAAAUUCCUCCUGGUGGAAAACCGGCUUAACGAUCGAUGCGCAAUCUGCAAAAUGGAUAAUCAUCAUUAAAAUUACUAUGAGAAUACUACUUCUAUUUUCAGGACAAGGUUAUGUCAGAUUUUGCGAAGAAUGGCGAAUUUUCAGCAGAGCGUGUGGAGUUACCUAGGAAGAAGCGAAAUCUUAUCAUUGUCAUAUGUUGGAAUAUUUUGUUAGCAAUGCCAAUAUUUUAUAUUUUAUAUUCGUUACUACGGUCUAGUCUGAUGGUUUCAGUCCCUACUGUGGCUGCCUGUCUUCUUAUAGGUAGGUUGAAACAGUGAUUUAUUCGUAUCGGUAUGAGAUGUCAUUUCAAAUCCUCCGAGUCGGACUGGGAUUUCAAGUCCUCGCAUUUUCAUCCAGUAGAGUGUCUUCUCCGGAAGUUGAAAAGACAGUCUGAAGGCAGUAGAAACGUUCAUGUUUUAUGACAUCACGGUGAAGCGUGGAAAGUGAAGUUAGUGAGCUGUGAACACGUCACAAGUUUAUAUCAAGACAGCCUAAUAAGAGUGGUUGGAAACGACACAAGCGAAAAUGAGUUUAAUUCUGAAGGUUUUUUUAUGGAAAAGAGCCAUUGGCAAUUUGUCAAACUAAAUAAAGUUACUAAUAAGUAAAAUAACAUACAAGUUCCACGCUGCAUUCUUUCACCGUGACGUCAUAAAACAUGAACGUUUCUGCUGGCUUCAGACUGUCUUUUCAACUUCCGGAAAAGAUACUCUACUGAUUUCAGUCACAGAAUAGAUACCGGACCAGAAGUGUCACUCAGACGAUAUUUCGUCCCAAAUUUUACGAGUGCUGACGUGAAAUUUGCCAUUAUAUGGGUCAUCCUGGAGUGCACACGGACGUUUUUCAUAGGACAAACAUAGCCUUACAUAGGUACAAAGUGCCGUGUGCACUCCAGGAUGGCGUCAUAACACAUAAAAAAUUUCGGACGUUUUUCCCAAGCCAAAACACAUAGGAGUGUCCCUUCUGGUCUGGUAUCUAUUCUGUGUUUCGGUAACUAUAACUGGCGGAAACCUAACCAUACAGUGUGUGUGUUUCUGUUGCAGGUUACUUUUCAGUACGCGUGCUACUGCGCUUCAGUGAUACAAAGAAAGGCAGCAAAUUUGGUCUGAAACAAAAUGGCACGAAGGAAUCACCGAAGGAAGAGAAAAAUGGUAUACACGAAGUAAAAAAGAUGGAUUAAAUCAACGUGCAAGGCACAGUAUAUCUUUUGUUUCUAUUAAUAUAUACUACUUGAUCACAGAGCUAAAUCACUUGCUCAACUCAAAGCUAUCAUGGAAUCAAACAUUUGAAUUUUUUCUGCAAGCGGAGACGAUAUGUUGUACCCAGCACUUUAUUCCUAUAGCACCCUGCAUAUUGAUUAGCAUGCAAGUAUUCUAUAGCACCCUGCAUAUUGAUUAGCAUGCAAGUAUUCUAUAGCACCCUGCAUAUUGAUUAGCACGCAAGUAUAAUAUGAACCUUGUUAUAAAAUUAUGUAAAUAAUGUUGAAAUUUAUCGGGCGAAUACACACUCACAUUCACUAGGAUUUUAACAUCAUAAAAUUUAUUUUACAUACAAAUUAAGUGCGCACUUAUUUGUUUAAAAUUGAUUUAAACGCAAAAAUAAUAUACUUCAAUAAAUACUUUAUUCUCCCUAAAAAUUUACAUAUACCCUGUAAAUAAGCCUAUACAUAAUAAGAACAGUUACUAUACACUAAACUAAACUACAGCAUGUCUAUUAUUUAUUGAAACUAUCCCGAGUGCUGAGUUCGGACUUAAACGUAACAAUGCCAUAAGAACUUCGGCCAUUGUCGGACGGUUGUCGGGCGUAUCGUUAGUGUUUCGUUGCACGAGUUCUCGAAGAUGUGCAUUCGUGAUUAAUCGGAUUUGCUCGCGGGUGUGACCAGGUACUGGCAGCUCACGGAUACACAUUUCGCAAAGAAGAAGUCCGAAGCUGUACACAUCCACCUUAAAAUGAAAUAAAAAAAUUCUG